GAAGAAGAUGCUUCGGUUUAGGUCAUGUUUCUCUCCCUAUAAGUAUCGUUUAAUGUUUCUUUAAAAAUAUUUGUAACCGUAAAAAUGGCGAAGCCUGUUCUUGUCUAUUGCCUCUUGUUAUGUCUUCUUGUCUUGUCUGUUUCUGCAUCCCACCAAGAUGAAGACAGACAGGUAUAUAUCGUGUAUAUGGGUGCGAUUCCAUCGAAUGCGGAGUACAUGCCUACGUCCCAACACAUUAAUAUCCUUCAAGAGGUCACCGGAGAGAGUUCGAUCGAGAAUCGCUUGGUGAGAAGUUACAGGAGGAGUUUCAAUGGGUUUGCAGCUACACUCUCUGAUUCUGAAAGAGAAAGAGUGGCCAAUAUGGAAGGAGUGGUGUCUGUGUUUCCAAGCAGGAAACUGCAGCUCCAAACGACAGCAUCAUGGGACUUCAUGGGGUUCAAAGAAAACAAAACGAAGCGUGUUCCUAAUCUCGAGAGUGAUAUAAUCGUCGGUGUCAUCGACAGUGGAAUCUGGCCUGAAUCUGCCAGUUUUGACGACAAUGGCUUUGGUCCUGCGCCUUCGAAAUGGAAAGGUGAAUGCGCCGGAGGCAAAAACUUCACCUGCAACAACAAGAUCAUUGGGGCUCGGUACUACACCAGUAGUGGCGGAUUUUCAGGAACUCCGGAGUCAGCGAGGGACCACAUUGGUCACGGCUCUCAUACAGCAUCCACGGCUGCUGGAAACAGCGUUGAAGACGCGAGUUUCUAUGGCCUCGGCCUCGGAACCGCGAGAGGGGGCGUUCCUGCAGCAAGAAUCGCGGCUUACAAAGUCUGCGAUCCGGGUGGUUGCUCCUCUGACGGGUUGCUUUCAGCGUUUGAUGACGCAAUCGCCGACGGGGUUGAUAUCAUUACCAUCUCCAUUGGAGGAGAUACCCCGGCAAGGUUAGAGCAGGAUACUUUAGCGAUCGGAGCUUUCCACGCAAUGGCUAAAGGGAUUCUGACUGUGAAUUCAGCUGGGAACAGCGGUCCAUCACCGGGCACAACCUCGAGUGUCGCGCCAUGGAUUCUCUCUGUGGCCGCGAGUAAUUCUAAUCGUGCGUUUUUUACCAAAGUUAUCCUUGGAGAUGGCAAGACAAUUGUCGGAAGAUCAGUGAAUUCGUUUGAUCUAAAGGGAAAAAGGUAUGAUCUGGUGUACGGAAAAUCUGCUUCACGUAUAUGUGACGAAGAUUCUGCCAGGUUUUGCUCAUCGGGAUGUUUGGACAGUGAACUGGUGAAUGGAAAGAUUGUGUUGUGUGAUUCUUCAAGAGGCAUCGUCGAGGCUGAGAUGGCCGGAGCUGUCGGAACCAUUGUGAAAACCGCGAAAUCAGAUGUCUCCUUUGUAUUCUCUUCUCCCGUCGCUGCCUUGUUCGAAGAUCAAUAUGAAACUGUCGUUUCUUACGUGACCUCCACAGAAGACCCGAAAGUGUCUAUCCUGAAAAGUGACGCGAGUAUGAAGGAAACAGCUCCAGUAGUGGCUUCGUUUUCUUCUCGUGGUCCAAACACUAUCAUUCCGGAUAUCUUGAAGCCCGACCUGACAGCACCGGGAGUUGAAAUCUUGGCUGCUUACUCGCUCGACGCUUCUCCGUCAGCGGCUGAACACGACACCAGACGUGCAAAGUAUUCUGUUCUUUCUGGAACAUCCAUGUCUUGUCCGCAUGUUGCAGGUGCAGCCGCGUAUCUGAAGACGUUUCACCCUAACUGGUCUCCGUCCAUGAUCAAAUCCGCCAUCAUGACAACGACUUGGCCAAUGAACUCUACUGACAGCGCAGUGGGAUCCGAAUUCGGCUUUGGAGCUGGACAUUUGAAUCCAUUAUCAGCUCUUCACCCGGGACUCGUUUACGAAUCCACUAAAGCCGACCACAUAGCGCUUCUAUGCGCAUUGAACUUCACAACAACGUCGCUUAGACUCAUCUCUGGAGACAAUAGCACUUGCACCGCACAAGAAAAAGCCGAUACAUUGCCCAGAAACCUCAACUACCCUUCCAUGGCAGCUGCAGUUUCGUCGCGGAAGGCCUUCAACGUGACAUUUGUCAGAACUGUCACAAAUGUCGGUAUGGUGAACUCAACGUACAAAGCGGAGGUUGUCAAAGGAGCGGUCUCUUCCAAGAUCGAUGUCAAGGUUGAACCAGAUGUUCUGUCUAUGAAGUCAGUGUACGAGAAGAAGUCUUUUACAGUGACAGUUUCAGGAGAAUCACCCGAGGGAUCGGAACCCGUGUCUGCAACUCUGGUCUGGUCGGAUGUUUCCCAUACAGUGAGAAGUCCCAUUGUUAUUUACGCCGCUCGUCUCUUCUAAUGGUCUGCAUACUGUGAGAAGACACGUUGCUAGAAUUGCAUCUUCUCUAUCUUGCAUGAUAUGUUUGGAACUGGAGAAAGCUUGGACCCACAAAAUCUGUUGUAAUGUUUAAUAAUUGAUCCUUUCAUGGUGACAUAACAACAAUAUUACAUA